CGGUCGAGCCGGCAGACCUGCGUCACUUCCUCUAGUUAUUUCCAUUUGUUUGUGGCAAACGCCAGCGGUUAUCUAGUACCUUAUACACCAAAGAUAGCAUUCGUUUUUAAACUUACAGCAGUUCAGAGUGGAUACGUGAUUUGGCGUAUCUUACGUAAACUAAUAAAGCUUAAACUAUGCAGGAAACGUAGAAAAGCGAGCAAAUGUGUUAGCGUUAGCAAAGACAGAAAACGUGCGUUCGCCAACAGAAAUAGUUGGUCAGCUAACGACAGCUAGUUAGCAGGUUUAGGUUAAUUGGCUAAGUGUUGUAGUGCUUUGGUUUUCCUGGUGGUGUUUUAAUUUUUGCUUACGUUAACUUAUCUUGACAUUUGUAAACUGAUGGAGUGCCCUCAUCUGAACUCAAACGUGAGUCCCGUCGAUUCCUCCCGGUUCCCAAACGGCACCCCGUCCUCCUGGUGCUGCAUCGAUUGCAGGUCUAACAAGAGUCCAUGGAUUUGCCUUACCUGUCUGGUGGUCCAUUGUGGGAGAUAUGUCAAUGGACAUGCAAAGAAACAUUUUGAAGAGAGCCAAGCCGUUGGUAUUACCCAGAAGAAGGCUGAGAAACAAGAGAAAGAGAAAUCCCAUCAUUCUGUCUGCAUGGACUGCAGCAGCUACUCUGUAUUUUGUUACAGAUGUGAUGACUUUGUUGUUAAUGACACCAAACUGGGGCAGGUGCAGAAGGUGAGGGAACAUCUCCAGAGUUUAGAGAACUCAGCACUGAUGAGUGAAAGACAGAGAAAAAGAAAACUUCAGGAGAGCACAGACCAAGACAGCAAGUUGUUAAAAGAUAAUGAUGGGGCUGCUUUAGGUGCUACAGGCCUGAGGAACUUGGGGAACACAUGCUUCAUGAAUGCCAUUCUGCAGUCUCUCAGCAACAUUGAGCAGUUCAGCUGUUAUUUCAAAGAGUUGCCUGCAGUGGCUCUUCGCAGUGGUAAGACGGCAGGAAGAAGGAUGUACCACACCCGCAGCCAGGGGGACACCAGUGUGUCUUUGGUGGAAGAGUUCAGGAAAACCCUUUGCUCCCUGUGGCAAGGCAGCCAGACCGCUUUCAGUCCAGACUCCCUGUUUUAUGCUAUAUGGAAAAUCAUGCCAAGUUUCAGGGGCUAUCAGCAGCAGGACGCCCAUGAGUUCAUGCGUUACCUUCUGGACCACCUCCACAGGGAGCUCCAGUACAGUCGUAACGGGGCGUCGCACCCAGUCCCACCUCAGGACGGGGUCAGACUGUCCACCGAAGAGGGCAAAUGCUGCAUUAAUGGGACUGCUAGCGUUGUCACAUCCAUUUUUGGUGGCAUACUUCAGAAUGAAGUGAACUGCCUGAUAUGUGGGACAGAAUCCCGCAAGUUUGACCCGUUCCUCGAUCUAUCUUUGGACAUUCCUAGCCAGUUUAGACAAAAGAGGAGUAAGGACCAGGAGCCAGGGCCCACAUGCACUUUACGAGACUGCUUACGUAGCUUCACUGACCUGGAAGAACUUGAUGAAACAGAACUGUACUACUGCCAUAAGUGUAAAAAGAGACAAAAAUCCACGAAAAAGUUUUGGGUCCAGAAGCUGCCAAAGGUUUUGUGUCUGCACCUAAAAAGGUUCCACUGGACAGCCUUUUUAAGAAACAAGGUGGAUACCUAUGUCGAAUUUCCAAUUCGAGGCCUGGAUAUGAGGGGCUACUUACUGGAGCCUGAGAAUUCACUACCAGAAAGCUGCCUGUACGACCUCUCUGCUGUUGUAGUUCAUCAUGGAUCUGGGGUCGGUUCGGGGCAUUAUACAGCUUACGGCAGCCACGAGGGACGCUGGUACCACUUCAAUGACAGCACAGUGACUCUGACCAAUGAGGAUGCAGUGAGAAAGGCCAAGGCCUACAUCCUCUUCUACGUGGAGAGGACUAACCAGGUGGCCUCGGACAAGACCGCCACCAACAGCAUGGCCACAGGCAGGUCUGGCGCGCACAGUGUUUCCUCAGUGGUGUGUCAGGAAGAGGUUGCAGCAGAGCCAGCUCCCACAGAAAUGGAUUUAAUGGAUGUUGCAGCCUCACGUGUAGAUACUCUGGAUGUACCAGCUCCUGAUAAUGCUGUGUUGGUAAAUGCGGGUGAAGACAAUGAACUGCAUAACGCUGACGCAGCUUUAAUGGAGGCCGCGGCAAACAGCGAUACCUCGGACAAGGCUGCAACAGAGGAAGCCAGCCAAGCAGCACAAGCGGUUGCACAAUGAUUCAGCCAGACUGCCUCAGACCAGCUCCUCGGCCCAUUUCGGCUCGACCUCAGUCCCAUUUCCAGUGUUUGAUUUAGAUAGUUAUUUUCACGUGCUAUUUCUUUCCUUGAUGUUGUAUCCCUAAGUCGAGGUAGACUUCUCUAUGUUUUAUGGAUUCCAACGAAAGUAGUUUAAAACAAUGAAGUAAAGCUGUAGCCUUGGAAAACCUCGGUUGGUCCAAUGUUUAGCCUAGAAUGAUGAGAUGGAUAAUGUCAAGACACUGUGUCACUGUAACAA